AUGUCCACCACCGCUACUGUCACUGAAGCCGCCCCGGCGCCGAGCCCAGUGCUCAAGCUCAACUCUACCGCUGCCAAUGAGCAGACCUCUUCUUCGCCAGCAGCCCAGCCGUACCGCUACAGUCACCUCCUUCCUCACUUCUCGCAAGACCAUUACCCGCCCCUUGAGCCCUUCGAGCAUGUUGACCCUGGACACCGUGCACUGGCGAGGGAGCGCGAGGCCAUCGCCAAUGGGACUAUAGCGGAGGGAUCUACACCUCUUCCGGCCUUCCUUCGCUCUCCCAACGUUACGCUUUCUGAGAUCACUCCCAACCUUGGAGUGGAAGUAUCAGGUGUCAGCCUCUCGCAAAUCGAUGAUGCGGCACGGGACGACCUUGCUUUACUUGUUGCUCGCCGGGGUCUGGUCAUCUUCCGGAACCAGCAGGAGUUCAUUGACUCCUCGCCCGAGGCGUACAAGGAAUGGGGACGGUACUUCGGACGGUUGCAUAUCCACCCCACAUCCGGUCACCCCGAGGGUCAUCCCGAGAUUCAUCUUGUCUACCGCGACGAGAACUCUACCUUCAACUUUGAGCGUGAGGACAGCAUAUCCACGCUAUCCUGGCACAGCGACGUCUCUUAUGAGCUCCAGCCUCCUGGCCUGACGACUUUCUUCCUCAUCGCGCAGCCGCAUGCUCGUGGCGAGGGCCUCGAGGAGUCAUUCUCUGGCGGUGACACGCUCUUCACCAGCCAGGUCGCCGCACUCAAGCGGUUGUCCCCGGAGUUCGUCGAGUUCCUUCGCGGACUGAAAGCAGUCCACUCUGGCUUCGAGCAAGCCGACUACUCUCGUGCGGGUAACCGCGGUGGGAUCGUACGUCGUGACCCGGUCGAGCACGUUCACCCCCUCAUCCGCAGACACCCCGUCACCGGCGAGGAGGCGCUCUACGUCAACCGCCAAUUCACUCGUCGCAUCGUCAACCUCAAGCGCGAAGAAAGCGAGGCCAUCCUUCGCUUGCUCUACGACCAUAUCGACAAGAGCGGCGACAACCAGGCGCGCCUCAAAUGGUCACCGUACACGGUCGCACUCUGGGACAACCGCGUCACCGCGCACUCCGCCAUCGUGGACUUCAAGGACGGCAAGCAGCGCCGUCACGGCUGCCGCAUCACACCGCAGGCCGAGCGUCCUAUCCCGGCCAAGGAAGGUCUGAAGCUGGACUGA